AUGACUAUAGCUUUAAGCGGUCUUCCUCCGGAAUGUGCUUUUCUGUACAUCGAUGAUAUUAUUGUCAUUGGAUGUUCUAUUGACCACCAUUUGAAAAAUUUAGAAAGAGUGUUCACCAAACUCCAACAAUUUAAUCUCAAGCUAAAUCCUGCUAAAUGUCAUUUCUUCUGUGCAGAUGUUACUUAUUUAGGACAUCAUAUAUCCGCCGAAGGAAUUCAACCUGACAAGGAAAAAUUCUCCGUGAUUGAAAAAUAUCCGGUACCCCAAAAUGCGGACGAAGUCUUCCACAUAUGUGAUGAGGGCAAAAAAAUAUCAUUCCUGUGUCCCAACGGUACCAUAUUUCGACAGUUGGAUCUGAUUUGUGAUUGGUGGUUCAAAGUUGAUUGUGCAGCAGCACCCAAUCACUACGCCGAAAGUUCAGAGAUGCUUACUCAAGCUCAGCGGGCUAGGAUUCAGAGUAGACAUCCCAUCCCACAACCCAUAACAUCACCAGAGCAUCUUUCACUUAACAUACAACGCAAACACGCUUUUCUCAAUAAACAAUUGGGAACUAAUUUAAACGCACUCGAAUUCAAUCGUCGCAUGGACACCAUCGUGGAACAAUCAGAUGAAAGUAUCGACUUUGAGGACAUUUCUUUAAAACGAAAUAAUGUUAGAAAUAACGAAAGCUCUAGAAAUAUUAAAACAAACUCAGAGGAAAUCCAAGCAACAGAUGAAACGGUUGCGUUUGCACGUAGUGGUAAGAAACUAAAUGGGUACAACUAUCCAUUGCCAGAGAAAAAUUUGGAUAACUUGAACUAUAAAUCUGACGCUAAUAGUUAUGACAGACCUGCAAAAUUUAUUAAUAGAAACGAAAAGGAAUUAUAUCGAACUGCAAAAGUUCUAGAUAAUAGCGGGGGUAUUGGUUUUAAAAAUUCCUUUAAUUUUGAUGCUAAACCGUUUAUCACUAGAGCUACUGAAAUUCCGAUGACAUCUACUACAACUAGGCAGCAAACGAUAAGAGCAACAACGUCUUCCUCAGUCAACCGCGGGAGUACGACGCAUCAAACUAGUACACUAAAUCAGAAAACUGAUCGCAAACCGGCAUUCAAUAUUGAAUUGCGUAAUUCUCAGCCACAUCCCAGUUCUAAUUCAGAGAAUUCGAAUUUCCCCGCCUACACAACGGCGAGAAAGCUAAGUACAAAGGCAAAGGACAAGCCAUUCUACACCCCCACUAUUCCAGCUGUAACCAAUAAAGUAGUUACAGAAAAUACCACUCCUAGUAUACAAGCAUCGCCUACUGUUUCAGGGGCUGUGGAACAUGCUUUAAAAAUGAUGAAAACAUUACAAGAUCUCGAGAUAUCAGAAAUUGUAUUGGAAAAUCGACCUGGAGUGGACGUGCCUCCUUCAUCGGGACCCAAUGCAUUGCACUCAUUAGCCCUAUAUUUUGCAAACGAUUCAGGAAGAGAUGUAACAACAAUAACAACCACAACAACAAUUAGCCCAAUAACAACGGGUACACGAACGGAAGGCCUUGAACCAAAGGACAAUCAGCAUUCUAUAAGCCCUUCAUUACUCAGCAAAAAAACGAUCGAUAAAUACCAACAACUAUUCGAUUCAAAGGAUUCUGGUCCUACUACAGAAUCUUUGAGGUUUCAGACACGUAUUGAAGAUGAAUCAGGAAACGAUCUUGAUGGACAAUUUUCAAGACACCCUAUAUUCGGCUCUUCCGGAUCACCACAAAUUCGGGAACUGGCGCAAGUAUUUACACAUGCAUUAUCUGCUUAUCUACAAGAUCCAGAGUCAUUCCGCCGUAUUUUGACUGAAAUCAGACCAAAGGGACCUACUUAUUUCAGAUUAUCUAAUCAAAUCGAUAACAGAAUAUACAAAAAUGAAGAUAUUUCAACAGAAGAAGCGACAUACUUUUCCUCACGUCAGCAAAUAACUCCAGCUCCACGAACGGUUACAGAUGAUUUAGAAGUUCUUGACUUUUCCGAUAUAACGUUGCCAACCACUGUGAAAAGGGAAACCACAAGUGGGAAUUUAGAGGUAACAACAGAAAUUCCAUCUACAACAACGUUUGCGCAGUUCAUGGUGAAUUUGGAACCUAGCAACACCCAUAACAAAUCUCCAGCUUCCAAUUUAAUAAUUGAUAACAUAAGAAAAACUGGCGCUACUUAUAUUGAACGUCAAUCGAAAUCACUGAAAAAUAUAAACACAGAGAGCAAAAAUGAGUUGGCUGAUGAAGUAAACGAAGAAUUAGGAACUCUUAAGCCACCAGCUUUUAAAGUAGUUGAAAGUGUCGAAGACCUCGGGGAUAAACAUGAUAAUAAUAGUUACUUUCCAAUCAAUAGAGGACACCAACUAAACUCAACUCCCGUUCCUUACGGUAAGAAUAUUAAGCCAGCGAAUAGUACUGAUACAUACCCGACCGCACUUUUUGAUACCCAAGCAGUACCGCUUCGUUGGGGAGAAGAACUAACUCCAAUUACUACUUCUACGGAUUCCUCUCCAACAGUAUACUUCGAACUUCUGCCACCUCAGAGCCAAAAGUUAGCUAACCAGCCAAGUGUCGUAUUCUUGCCACCAGAUCGGGAAGAUAUCUUAGACGAUGACGAACAGUUACAACGAGCUCAGAGUCAGUCUAUUAUCACAAAACGAAAUCAAGUCGAAGCAGGAAAACAGGCUAAAACUAUUUACAAUUUUCUUAGUUUGGACAAUGCGUUGCACCAAAACAAACGAAUUACUUCGACAAUCCCGCAAAUUUCGAAUUCAACACCGGUUCCAAGUGUGACAAAAGGGCAUUACAUUACAAAACAGUUUUCAAAUGAGAAAAUCAACGAAACUACUACUCCAUUCCCUGACAUCAUUACUGCGUCUAUUCCAGAUACAGGGAAAAUAGCCCCCAAUUCGAAAACAACGCUAUCUUAUACAGUUUUUCUUGAUCCACUCACCAUCAAUGAUGGUCUUAUGGAUACUGAAGAAGAUGCCAAAACGACUGUUUUGAAUGCACUCACGUAUCUCCCACGAAAUCAGGAAAAAUCGACUAGUACUUUGAUUACUUCAACUACACCAACUAGUGCGGAGUUGCCUUUAAUAACCAGUUCUACGCUGUCUACCAAACGUCGUGGGAAAAGCGGCAUACAUAGUAGAUUGAGUGAAGAAGAAUCUAAUGAAAAUGAGCUUAUGGAUACGAUGCAAAGAAAGGCAAACCAAAUGUUUGGGGGUUUAAAUGACUUAGAAGCAAACCACCUAAUGAAUGUAAUGAAAACAGCAGACACAAACAAAUCGGUUAGAAGGCUCAUACUAUUACUUAUUCAAACAUGCGAUGACGAUUAUAACAAAACUGUGGAGGAUUCAAGAAAAGCUUUACUCAAUGCACUAAUAAAAAUGGAUAGCCAAGAAAAUGAUAGCAGUGAGAUUCGAAUUGUGACCACUAGAACUAACAAAAAAGAACGAAACCUAAAAAAAGUAACUUCAACUGCUUCAACGCCAAUUACAGCAAAUCACGAUGUACAGUUGGAAAAACUUACAGGACUAACUGCAACUUCGGAUUUGAAAAACAGGGAAAGUUUUGAAACAACUACUUCGGCAGCUGAAGAUGUAAAAUCAACUAUUUUGGAUCUAUCAUAUGAGGCAUCAACCAAACUAUUAGAUGUUAGAUACAACAGCGAUGAGUCUGAUAUAAGUACACCGAUAAUAAGUUUGUUUCCAGAACAAUAUACAACAACAAGCAUUCCAACCACAACAACCGAUUAUGAUACAACAACUGCAGCUUUGACUACAACCGACCUAUCAA